AAUCCUCCAAAGCAGAAACGGAACAUAUGGAUCUGGUUGCAGGCGAUCUCCUGAUGAUAACGUGUGAUCCCAAAUUGAGAGUGGAAAAAUUAAUAGGUGGUGUUGCACAUAUAUUAAUGAAGCAGCCAGGUGAUGUCGUGGUAUACAGGAAUAUUGACGCUAAGGCAAAAGAUCAAUAUCCAGGAGCAUCUUAUUCUAUGAAAUUGGAAACAAAGAAUGGUUGGGCCUAUUUCCAUUACAAUAUUACAAGUCUAAAGGUAUCUGACUCUGGUUUGUGGCAGUGUUUAACUCAAACUGGACCCGAUAACGAAAAGAAGUACAUCAGGAACAUGACGUUGAGUGUCAAACCCGCUGCUGAUGUUGGCCCAGUAGAGUUGAUUCUGGUCAAGACUUCUGAUGGCAAAGAAAUGAAAUUAAUCCAUGAAGAAGGAGGCACACAUUCAUCUACAACUGGUGUUAAGUUGCUCAGUGGAACUUAUACCAUGUCAUGUGUUGCUGAAAAUGGCUACCCUGAACCUAAGUACACUUUAAUGCUGAAUGGACAGGAAAUCAGCAAGGAACAGGUUGCCACCUUCAAUCUGACAACAGCAGACACGAACCUGGCUUGUAAUGUCAAGGUUCCUCGCCAAGAAUUCAGCGAACAUACAUUGGUCUUUCAGCUGAGGAUUGAAGAAGUUGAACCAGAAAUCACGUGUUCAACCACAAAAGCACGAUUGAAUGAUGGCCGGGCAGUGAUGAACUGUACGGUAGUGGCUGCUGAUGUGACCUGUAAGAAGGUCGUUUGGAAGUCGGGAACAACGAAUCAAAACUUUGAGCAUGGAGGAACUAAGGUCAUGGGAUAUGACCUUAGCUGUAUGAGCAAUGGCGUAAACAGUGUCUGGAGUUCGCUGGAAGUCAAGAACCUGCAGCAGGAGCACUUCGAUGACACGUACUUCAUCAAGAUCAAGGACACAACAGCUGGCGACUUUCAGAAGGAACACCAGCUCAAGCUGUUGCGAAAGGCUGGCGCCCUCAAUGGGUCAGUGCAGAUGACAUCUUUAGGAUCACUGGCACUCAUCUCAGUGGUGACGCUACUGAAGAUUAUUCUGUAAACAAGUUAGGCUGUGUGCUUAGGAAAGAUCGAUGUGAAUCACAGUGCUUUUGAUUGACAUAUAGGUGGACUGCAGGUACAUGUGUUGUGAAGUGGUUUUAAUUACAGUAAAGUGGCACUGACGAUUCAAGUUGGAAAUGAAGAAACAAAAGCCCCGUGAUUUGAAUGUGACAUGGGAUAGGAGUUGUAAGAAAUUAUGCAAAGGUUGAGAUGAAGUAAGCGUGCAAGCAAUCUCCACAAGCUUGAGAGUACGCUGAUUGUGUACCACUUCUAGUCUCAACGCCUAGGGACUUUCCUAAAAGGAAUGAUACACCAGUUACACAACGAUAGAAACACAGCAUGUUUUUAUACAUUUUAGCUUUACACAUCUUUAAGGGUCAUAUAAAGGAAAAAAGAAAAUCAAUCUUGAUCCUAGAUAAUACCGUAUAAAGGGAGGUAACCCUCAUAUUAGGACUGGUUAUGUGGAACAAAUGUAUUUGGUAGCUGUUUCCUAUCUGGUCUACAUGAUUCAGGCCCCAGGAAAAUUUAGUCCCUGAAAUUUUUCUGAAUAAUUUUUGGUUGCAUUUAUUGACAAGCUAUUAUUAGUUAGUCCAAGAUAAACAAAACAGGAACUGAAUAGGUGUUAACGUUAUUGUCCGGUUAAAAAGUUACCCAGCAGGAACAAGUCAAAAGAGAAAUCCAGUUUUCUUUCUUAAGCAUCCUGAUUGAGAUAUUUUUAGAAGUAGAGUAGAAAUAGAUUCAUGUCAUCAUUAUUCGCUUGCAUAUAAUGUCACUCAGAAAACAGUAUAAGUUGGUGUUUUUUUCAUGUUUCAUUAAAAAUGGCCAUUGACUUAAUAAAAAAACCUUGGGAGAUAUUUUGAACAGUAAUAAUUUUUCAGUUCUAAAAAUAAUUUCCAAUUUAAGAAUCCCCGUACCACUGCAAAACACUAACUGCGCAUCAGACACUUUUUUUCUCAGCUAGAAUAUAGCUUUGAUAAAUCAUUUCUGAAAAGAAAAAUACAUUGCAGGACUUUUAUUGAAAAAUAUAAUGAAACUGACCUAAACAAAAUAAAACGUAACAGGCUAGACCGUGAUUUGAACACAGGAUUUCAAAUCGUUAUACUAUCACUAGAACUGAUGGAGCUACCUGGUAAUGUGCUGUAAUUAUAUCCAAAGGUUAAUGAAGGGGAGCUUUUGUAUUAUUAUUAUACGAAAAAAACAGUACAGUGGAACAGGGAUUUUUAAUAGAGGAUAGAAACGAAUUAUGAAUUGAAUAAUAAUUACAACGCAGUAUUGGUCAUUUGUCUUGCUUACAUGUUCAUUUGACUAACGCCUGCUAAUUGAAUUAAAAAAAGAAAAUCAUACUUGUGUCAUGACCUGUAUGUAGAUUUUGAUGUAAAUGAUUUGAAGACGGAAUGGAUCUUUUCUGCUCAAGUAUAUGUGGUUGGUGACUUUUGACACAUUUUUGUUGUCACUGUGUAUUUUUAUGUUAGAUAUUUUAAAUGAUCACAACAAGUUAUUUUCAAGUCCCAUAUAUCUUAGUUUUAAACCAGCACUAUCAGGAGGUGUGUUUGUAGAGCGAGGGAAUUUAAUAGUAUAUGUUUUAAUGUCGACAUGAUGAACCGUGUGUUGUAUAAAUGUGUAUGAGCUGAUGUAAUUAUGUAUUCUACAAAUGUACGACAUUAAAACAAUGUGUUUUGGCUUAAUUUUCACGACACACUUUACCUCUGCAACACAUUUUAGUAGAUUUGAAUCAUUUCUGCUGAACCCCGGUUUGUUUCACACACACACACACAGCUGUACUUCAUGUAUUUCUACUAUCUGAUGUAAGAAGUAUUGCUUUUCCUUCUAAAAUCUUCAUUGUAGAAAUUCAUCAAGUGUAAACACAUUAACUUUGAUAUAACUAUCCAACCCAUCACAUAGGCAUCUCAAAAGGUUAAAAUACUUUACAGCUCUAAAUAAACCUUGAAUGGCAUGCAACUAAGUAAAAGUGAAAUACAUGAAAGUAAGCGGAAAUCCUUGGAAGUAAAAAGAGUGAGGCUCCCAUAUGUACUAAUGUAUUUAUUUCACCGACAGCAGACAACACCUGAAAAUUUGUGCCAAAACCGCAGAAAUUAACUUGAUCCCAUAAAAACCAGUGUUGAAAAUUAAACAUGUAAAGAUCAAAAUGUGUCCACUUGUGAUAGGAUUACCGUAGGAGCAUGAAGUAUUUGGUUGUUAGACUAGGAGAUGAGAAAUGCUAGAAGGUUUAGUGUGACGAGCCUUUAGGUAAGCUUAGUGAUAUGUAUGCGGAUGUUUGCUGUGCCUUAUAAGGAAGACAACUUAACUCAUGCGUAGAAAAAAAAUGCCUUAUGUUUUCUUUGCUGAAAUAAUGGUUGGUUUGAAAAGGAACAAACAGAUUGAUUGCAUUUUUUUUCAUUCUUAAUUCAUUCACCCCUGAAGAAGCAUUUGAACUCUUCCAAUUCAAAGGUUGGAAUAGUUCAUUAUGAAAUUUCAGGGGUGAAUGAGUUAAUUGCAUAUAAAAUCAAAUAUUGGUUUGAAAAUUAGGACAUUUGGUUGGUUCAGGCAACUGUCAUAAUAAUAAACAUUGGGGAAAUAUAUACCUUAUACAUAGUUAUUACAAAAAAAAUUGAACUUUAUUUUUACCAUGGCCAAGUGCUUCUCAAGAUUCAUUCCAUAAAUAUAAGUAGAAAUUUUGAUACAUUAUUCAUAUUCCUGAACUUUUGUUUAAUAAAAGUAACUAUGUUUAUAAUCAGGCACCUGUGUAUUAACAAAGGCUUAAUUAUCCUUGGUGUAGUGCCAGGAUGAUUGUACAGAAUCAAUAGGGUUGUACAUUUCUAUUUAACAACCUUAAGUUGAAUGUGGUUACUGUGCUUGUGUAACCAGUCUUUUACUGGGUGGAAACAAUGUUCUGAAAGAAGUGUGCCAGCUUGAUGUUUUAGAAUAUAUGCGACUAUAUGUUGACGUCCCAAUCAAAACAGAAGCACUCUUCCAUUGGAACAGGUUGUGGGGGCCUGUAAUAUAAUUGUAUGUAAAUUUUAUGUGUUUGUUUACAUGUAGUACUUGUGUUUUAGCAGCUUUUCCCAAUGUAAAUAACACAAAUGUGGUUUUAAAUACAUGUAUAGUAAACUUUAAUAUUCAUCGUUCAGACAUUCAGUAGACAUGUCUAACCAUCGUGUUAUACUGAGAAACAUUUUACUGUAACAGCAAGUCAUCUUCAUCUUGAUCAUUAAUACAAUCAUCGUCAUCAUUCUUGUCCGUGCAUACUUGAUUCUCGUUACUUAUAUUAUUGUUGUCGGCGAGUGUGUAUAAUAUCCCAAGGUAACUUAUAUAUCACUGAAUGGAUUCUACAAGUACAUAGUCAUAGCACCUGGUAUGAUGUUUUAAAGAUAUUCAGAGGAUCUGAUUUUAUGAACAAAUUUAAUACUUUAGUAUUGUAUUCUGACGACUUCUGGAAAACAGUACCAGGAGGAGUGGACUAAAAGAAAAAAACAAACGACUUUAUAAGAAUUUGUACUCGCGAUUUGAAAAUUUUGGAUCAAUCAUUAACAGUUCUUGAGCAUUGCCCGUUGUUUUCAAACAACGUUUUCCUCAAGGGUCAUCGAUGUUAAUACACUGACCUCUAUUACCAGAGUUUGUGAGUUUUUAAUAUUGCAAGAUUGCAUUUUUAUUUUCAUUUUUUUAAAUGUGAAGGCAAUAUGUUGGUGUUAAGGAAAUACAGCAAAGAUUAAAGUUAUGUAUAAACAAUGUAACUAUAUAGGACACAGUGAGGUGGGAUCGCCCAGAAAUUCAUGUAUUUAUACAUUAUGUGUCAGUUUAUAGAAUGCAUAUACAUAUAGGUGUUGUGUAAGUACGUUUCAUCUCGCUACUGGGUCAGGCAUCGUCCGUCUAGUCAUCACAGUAUCAUACAAUAUAUAUAUAGUAUAACCCAGAUAAAAUAACUAGUGGCCAGACUAUAGGGGUGUCACAAUAUGCCUGGAGUGUAUAACAGUGCAUUGCAAUACAGAAGAGAUAUUGUUGUGUCAUGUAUCCCAAUAUUAUUAUAUCAUAGUAUUAUUGGUUAUCAAACUAACUGAUAUGGAAUUUUUUAAUUUUUUGAAAUUUCAGCUGAUUCCCACUACUUUUAAUAGCCUGCUUCCAAUCUAAAACACAUAGCAAAUAAAUACAUGAAAAUGAGCUUUUGAAAAGUUGCGAUACAACAAUAUUUCAAUUCUGUACUUGCUGAUAUGAUUUGAUAUGCCUCUGUAUUGCAAUAUACCGGUUUUCCGAUGUAUUGUGAUCAUGACUGGCCUGCCUGACUAUAUAACUAAUUUUAAUGUAAAUAUUUGAUAUGAAAUUGUGAAAAGUAUCUAUUAACCAAAUUAUUUAGUGAUGUUUUAUUGAACAGUUAAUCAGCAGUGUUUUCAGCAGUAAUAUCUUCUGGGCGAUUCCAUCUCGGUAUGUGGCAUACCAUACACAGUCAAUUAUCGCUAACAACAUGUGAACUGACAAUAAAUAAUGGAUAUGUUUGAAGACCAAUUGUACGACGACAUCUGUGGUACAUAACAUGUUCUGUUGUGCAAUAUAUACCAAAUGAUCACUGCCACGUCAAAUGAAAAUCACUGCCACGUCAAAUGAUCACUGCCACGUCUAUCCGUCAGUGGAAUUCUAAACAAUAACAAUCAAAGUAUGACGUGCAAUAUUUUUAACCUGCAAAUUACCUUGUAUAGUAACUCUGUUUGGAAAUUACUGUUUAUGGCUUAAUUUAGCCUUAUUUAAAUUUUACAAAAUAGAAAACCACCGAAAGAAGGUAUAUUAAAAAUAUCACGAAGUUUUACUUAAAUAUAGCAUCUUUGAUGAUGUAUCGAAAACAAUGAGAAAUUGACUUAUGAUAGGUGUUUGCCAACAGAAGUUUCCAGUUUUAGUAUCUUUUAACCUAUAUUGUGACUAAAUGUUUUUUCUGGAGUUUCAUCUGUUAUUCCAUUCAGGAAGAAACCAUAUUUAGCUAAUAACAGUAAUUGUUUAGUUCUGAAUGUUGAAUUUUAUUGUUAUUUGAUUCCAUGCUUCUUUGAUUUGUAAGAAAAUCAGAUUAAUUAAAGAAAUCACAAACUC